AUGAUCACUGAACAAUGUCGGUUUGCCAUGGCCACCGUUCUCAUCGUCGUACUCAUAUUCCUCAAAUGUUCGAAGGAGAUGGUUGUAGCGGAAAAUUACAGGGUUUCGGCGGUUUUCGUGUUUGGGGAUUCUCUUGUGGAUGUUGGCAACAAUAAUUUUCUUCACUCAGCUGCAAGAGCAAAUUAUUAUCCUUAUGGGAUUGAUUAUGAUGGUGGUCCUACUGGGAGAUUCUCUAAUGGACGAACAGUUAUAGAUAUGUUUGUGGACAUGCUUGGAAUUCCCAACGCUCCAGAAUUUGCAAAUCCGGACACUUCCGGGGACAGAAUAUAUAACGGCGUCAACUAUGCUUCGGCGGCUGCCGGCAUACUCGACGAGACUGGCAGACACUACGGAGAUAGGUACAGUCUGAGCGAACAAGUGGUGAAUUUCGAAAGCACUCUAAAUGAGUUGAGGAGAUCGAUGGGGAGUUGGAAUCUUACUCGUUACUUAUCAAAAUCCAUAGCUUUUUUGGCGUUUGGAAGCAACGAUUACAUAAACAACUACUUGUUGCCAAAUCUGUACACUUCUAGAUUCAGAUACACCUCUAAACAAUUUGCCAACCUUCUCCUAAACCGCUACACUCGACAGCUUCUCGCACUGCAAAGCGUAGGGUUGAGAAAGUUUGUGGUGGCCGGUGUAGGGCCGUUGGGUUGCAUCCCAAACCAGAGGGCAACCGGCGUUGCCAUUCCAGGGCGGUGCGUCGAUAGUGUGAACGAGAUGCUUGGAGCUUUUAAUGAAGGGCUGAGAUCGCUAGUAAUUCAGCUGAAUAGCCAGCAUCCUGAUUCCACCUUUGUGUAUACAAAUAUCUAUGGCAUUUUUGGCGACAUAUUGAACAACCCCGAAACCUACGGGUUUAGAGUGGUGGACACAGCGUGCUGUGGAGUAGGUCUAAACAGAGGCCAAAUCACAUGUUUACCGCUCCAAUUUCCAUGCCUUAACCGAAAGGAGUACGUGUUUUGGGAUGCCUUUCACCCAACUGAAGCUGCCUCUGCCAUUCUUGCCGGCCGAGCUUUCCGAGGUCCGCCCUCCGAUUCUUAUCCCAUCAAUGUCCAACAGCUGGCCCUCAUCUGA